AUGAAAAGCACUUUGAGUCUGUCGACAGUCCUGUUUAUCGUGGUCUUUGCCUGCGUCUUUCACUCGGGAAGUUCGAGUAGCAUUUCCACGCCCAAGAUCUGCGUUAUAAGGAACUGCAACUGGAACUCAACGACAAAUGCAUGUGCUCGCUACGGACGCUCCAAUCUGUGCAAUCGCUUCAAGAACAGCUGCACACUGCGAUAUGAGUCCUGCGUGGGUUCCAGUUCCACCACAUAUACGGCCGUCGCCCUGUCCCAAUGCUCCGGAAUCACCGUGGGUAACCGAGGAAUCUGCGGCGGAUCCUCGUCGUCCUCCUCCUCAUCUUCAAAUAUUACACCCAUUAUUAUUCGCCGGGGUUAA